AUGAAUCGACUGUGCUGGGCAGAAUCACGUGCUACUGAGGACCAGAAACGGUUGCCGCUGCGCCGGGUUCAGUCAGUCAGUGUGAAGCGGGCGACCGGACAGGUCAGAUGUGCAAACAAAGAUCGUGACGUCAUGUCGGGCAGGCGAUGCCAACUCCACCGCGACGAACACGACGAGCUGAACGGGGCGUGGUUCACACUGGGGCGACACUACGGCAGUAUCAACAGCCCCAUCCCAUCGCAGGACUCCGACGAGGGCCCGCCCGCCGCCGACAGCUCGACUUUCUUCCGGGACGGGCGGAGGAAGAUCGACUUCGUGCUGGUGUACGAAGAGAACGCGAGGCGUUCGUCGUCUGUCGGGUCCGCGGCGCUGGAGACGCAUGGUGACAAGAAGGGCAGCAAGCUGGAGGACAGACGCCUGCGAUUCAUGGCCAACCUGCGGCGCGCGGGCCUCGACAUGGAGGAGGAGGAGAUAGAGACUGGCAGCAAGAAGAUAGUGUGUUUCAUCAAACUGCAUGCUACAUGGCCCGUCCUGUGCCAUCAUGCAGAGCGGCUCAACAUGCGUGCACCAUUACAGGCACACCCAAACCCAUCAGUCAACUGGUCACACCUGCUCCUCAAGGCACUCAGGCUGCCCAACAUAAUGCACGAAGACGUCCCCAACAAGCCGCUCGACUACUACACCUGCCCAUUCAAGAAAUCCAAGCUCGAGAGGUUUCUGGGCAGCGACAACAGGGAGACCUACUUCACAAAUGUGCAGAGGGGCCGCGUCCUGUACGAGAUCCUGUCCACUGCAAUGUUUGGCAAGAAGAAGAAGGGCGAAGUUGGGAUAGACAGACUCGUAGAGGAGGGCGUGUUCUCAUCUGCCUUCCCCCUCCAUGACGGACCAUACGAAGUGAAGAAGAAGAAGAAGAAUGGCGUACCUGAGCGCCCUCUGAAUGCGCGGCAGGUGCUGUAUGAAUACUGGGCACGAUGGGGGAAGUGGUACAAGUAUCAGCCCCUGGACCACAUUCGGGAGUACUUCGGGGAAAAGAUCGCCAUCUACUUUGCGUGGCUGGGGUUAUACACGGGAUGGCUGCUGCCUGCCGCACUGGUAGGUCUUCUGGUGUUCCUCUACGGGCUCUUCACAAUGCACUCGAACCAGCUAGCCGCAGAAGUGUGCAGUGGCGAAGAAGAGUUCAACAUGUGCCCGCUCUGCGACAUCGACGUGGGGUGCAACUUCUGGAACCUGAGCGAGGUGUGCAGCUACGCGCAGUUAGCGUACCUCUUCGACCACCCAGGCACCGUGUUCUACGCAGUGUUCAUGUCCUUCUGGGCUGUGACAUUCCUGGAAUACUGGAAGCGUAAGUCGGUUAGCCUGGCGCAUCACUGGGACUGCAUGGGUUUCCAGGAGGAGGAGGAGCGUCCGCGCCCAGAGUUCGCGGCCAGAGCGCCCUUCCUGGAACGGAACCCUGUCACCGGGGUGCGGGAGCCCAGUUUCCCCAGUUCACUGCGUAACAAGAGGGUGGCGGCUGGCAUCGGCAUCAUCUUCCUCAUGAUCUCACUGGUCAUCAUCUUCAUUGUGGCUGUCAUCAUCUAUCGUGUGUUGGUCUCCAUACCACUCUUCCAGAACUCCACCUUCAGGUCACAGGCUCAGGCCAUUGCCAACAUGACAGGUGCCGUAGUCAAUCUGAUUCUCAUCAUGGCAAUGAGCCGCGUAUACGAGAAGCUGGCCCACCGGCUCACUGCCUGGGAGAUGCACCGCACGCAGACCGAAUUCGACGACAAUCUCACCUUCAAAGUGUUCAUCUUCCAAUUUGUCAACUUCUACUCCUCCAUCUUCUACAUUGCCUUCUUCAAAGGCCGUUUUGUUGGCUACCCUGGCAACUACACACGCAUCCUACGACUCCGCAACGAGGACUGCAGCGCUGGAGGCUGCCUGAUAGAGCUUGCCCAGCAGCUGGCAGUCAUCAUGAUUGGCAAGCAGAUAAUAAACAAUGCCCAGGAAAUUUUUGUGCCCAAGAUAAAGGCGUGGUGGCAGAAGAAGCAGGUCAGAUUAUCGAAGAAUCACAUGACAAGGUGGGAGGAGGACUACCAACUGAUCGACAGUGAGGGCCUCUUCCAAGAGUAUCUGGAGAUGGUUCUCCAGUUCGGCUUCAUCACCAUCUUUGUCGCUGCCUUCCCUCUGGCGCCGCUGUUUGCGCUCCUCAACAACUGGGUGGAGAUCCGACUGGACGCGCAGAAGUUCGUCUGUGAGACGAGGCGCAUCGUGGCGGAGCGCGCAGAGAAUAUCGGCAUCUGGUUUAAGAUCCUGCAUAUGCUGGCACACCUAGCCGUCAUCAGCAAUGCGUUCCUGAUCGCCUUUACGUCCGAGUUCCUGCCCAAACUGCUCUAUCAGUACGAGUACGACUGGAACUUGGUGGGAUACGUCAACUUCACGCUGGCCUAUGCCCCCCCGGGGACUAUGCCCCAGUCAUGUCGGUACCGUGGGCUGAGGGACGAGAAAGGAGACCACACCCCCUUCUUCUGGCGACUGCUAGCUGUAAGACUGGCUUUUGUCAUUGUGUUUGAGCACGUGGUGUUUGGGAUCUGCCGCCUGAUCGACGUUCUGGUGCCUGACAUACCUGAGAGCCUGGAGCUGAAGAUCAAGCGCGAGCGGUACCUGGCAAAGCAGGCACUACAGGACUCCGACACCAUCAUGAAGGUUGCAGCCCAGGAUGAUGAUGACGAUGAUGAUGACCACGUCCCAAAUGGUGGGAUGGCUCUGGACCUGACAGCAGAACUCGGAUCUCCGCCUCUCGCCGAAAUAAACAACACCUCGACAGAAUCACAGGCCACAAACCAGACGACCUCGACAACGAGCCAGGAGCGCGGGAACUCCGGCGUGUCAAGACACAAACCUAACACAUGACAUAAGAUGUCCACCUUGUAAGAGGUGCCAUUUCACUUUGUCCACACAUCAGGCGGAAUCGGACUGAUUGUACAGAGCGAUCGGAAAUCUAUGGAAACCGUCAGACGCGAUGGAGCGAUACUAACUUAUUCGAAAUCACUACUUUUUAUAAUACAAAGCACACGUUCAUUCCUUGCUGCACGUACUAACACUCAACCUCAAUGAAGUGUCACAUCUUUAAAGUUUUUACUGACCGGACACUGCAAAAGAACUCACGUCCAUGAGCAUUCAGGCAGUUCAUGCACAGAGCAAUAUACAAAAAUAAAGGAAUUUACUUGUGACUGAGAGCUCUGGGGCACAUGCAGUCGAUACUCUCAAUCUGUAAAAAUACUUUUAAAUCUUUUUGUGAAACUUUCCAGUCACCCUGUAGAUGGGGAAAAAGGUUUACAGCUUACGUAUCAUCACACGCGCUGCUGCUUAUCUGCCUGUUAAUCCUCGUCCUUUACGUUCGUUCAUGUAGCUCUGAAGCCAAAAGCACCGACUGGAAAAGAAAUACUGAAAAUCGACAUCACUUUACAUUUUUUGCUGAAAUGAAACAUUGGCAUCGUUGACGCAAUUUGUGUCAUGUGUUAGUCUGAGGUAACGUCCACAGACAACACACAACUGAUUGUCACUCCUAAAUUUUUGUAAUUAUUUACGCACGGUUAAAUUAUGUAUUACUUUUGUAUGUGAACCUGUAAAAUCAUCUGCGUCUUCUUUCAGACAUUUAUGAGCGACUACGCAAUUAAAAGAAACGUAUCCCAUGCCCAUAUAUAUAUAUAUAUAUAUGUAUGUACUUAGUAACAAAAAAGCAAUAUAAGAGAACACCAAAUUUGUUUUUGCUUAUGAAAGAUGUACACAUUGAAAAUUAGCUUAGGUGUUGAGAAAAACUCUGGCAACCUUUCCCAUUUCGUCGUGUUUCAAUUAGAAACAAAGCCUUUCCCAUUUCGUACGCGGUAGGGUUAAUGGAGACAGGAAGAAAUUUGUGGAACACAAGUUUUUCUGGAAUAUCAGCUCUGUUCGCAUUUCUCGCGAGAUUCACAUCACUAAUUUGUCAAGAAGAAAAUUAAAUAAAUUGACGUCACGUGACAUCCCGGCCCGUAUCGAAAGAUCAUAGACGCUCCAACAAAAGCCUGUACCACCAUAUUAGCCACAAUCACAAUUUAAAUACAGAAUUUCUGCUUCAAUUAUGAAAACAACUGAAAUGUGAAAGUGGAACUGGAAUCUGUUUCAUGACUCGAACUGUGUCUUAGCUCCGGCAUUUAUCUGAAUAUUUCUGGUAUGUAACAACUGUUAGUCUGAGUUCGCUGGUUCACUCCACACCCGACGAAUUCCGCGUUCUUAAUUCCAGUACGAAUGACUCGCAUCAAGUACCAAGCUUUCUUUAUUUUCUUUUUUUUCAAAUAUUGGAGGUCAGGAGGAAGUUGCUGUUAUCUGUCCAUGCAUUUUGAGCGAUCUUUAUGAUGGCCUAAUCUUGUACAAAGAACUUACAGUACCACAGGAAAAAAUAAAUAAAUAUGUUCCAUCACUUCUUA